CUCCAUCCAACCAUCUAUUUUGCCUUGAUGUUGCAGUUUGAGUGACAAUGCCCUCACGAGCGGCUCUUGUUCCCAGCUGGCGUCUGGAAUCGCAAGCAACCGGACCCUGAGGGCACUCGACCUGUCUUCCAACUGUCUUGUUGGUGAUGAGUUCCACAACUUGAUCACAAGUCUGUCCAGUCCACGUUGCCAGAUAGAGGAACUGAGUUUGAGGGGCACGGGUCUGAGAAACAGUUCCUGCCCCCAGCUGGCAUCUGUAAUAAACGAUAACCAGGCCCUACGGAAGUUGGAUUUGUCCUACAACGAUCUCGAAGGUCCCGAAUUUGCCGAUGUGGUGGCGGCUCUGUCCAGUUCUUCGUGCAAGAUGGAAGAAUUGCUUUUGAGAUACACAAGACUUUCCGAUAGGUCGCUCACCCAGUUGGCAUCUGGAAUAAGUGACAACCAAUCACUGAGAAGACUUGAUGUGUCCGAAAACAAACUGGAUGGUGAUCACUUCGGUGACCUCGUGGCAGCUCUGUCCAGUCCUACGUGCAGGGUAGAGGGAAUAACGCUGUGCGGCAUCAAUCUGAUCGAUGAACAAAUGCCGGUAUUCACUCGGCUCAGCCAGAACAGGAACCUCAAGUAUCUAGAAUUUAGCAGCAAUGCCAUUUCUGACCGAAGUGCCGGGUACAUCGUGGAGCUGAUACGAACAUCGUCCAGCCUGCAGGAGAUCAGACUCGAGAUUGAAAACUUUUCUGCCGAAUCCAAAGAGCGUUUAAGAGAUUUUGGAAAUUCCCGUCCAGGACUGAAAAUUAUCAUUUGGUGA